AUGACCCACUCCUGCUGCUCCCCGCGCUGUCAGCCCACCUGCUGCAGGACCACCUGCUGUGAGUCCAGCUGCUGCCAGCCCUGCUGCCCCCCCACGUGCUGUCAAACCACCUGCUGCAGGACCACCUGCUGCAGACCUACCUGUGUGACCAGCUGCUGCCCGCCCACCUGUUGCAGCAAACCCUGCUGUCAGCCCACCUGCUGUGAGUCCAUCAGCUGCCAGCCCUCUUGCCCUCCAACUUGCUAUCAAACUAGUGAAACCACCUGCUGUAGGACCACCUGCCACAAGCCUACUUGUGUGACCACCUGCUGUCAGCCCACCUGCUGUGGGUCCAGCAGCUGUGGACAAACCUUCAGUGGGUCCAGCUGCAGCCAGCCUUGCUGCCAGUCAGUUUACUGUGCCCCUGUGUACUGCCACAGAAUCUGCUACCACCCCACGUGCUGCUGCCUGCCUGGGUGCCAAGCCCAGGAAUGUGGGUCCAGCUGCUGCCAGCCUUGCAGCCGCCCUGUCUGCUGUCAGACCACCUGCUGCCGCCCCAGCUGUGUGUCUACCUGCUGUUGGCCUUCCUGUUGCUGA